AAAUGCCAUUAAAAUAAUUAAGAGCAGUUACUUAAAACAAAGUCUUAAUUAAUGAUCGAACUCUCACGUCUAGUAAGUAUUGAAAGACGAAGGACACGAAAUCCAGCGUUAUCGAAAUUAUGAAUCACACGUGGAGUGCGUAGAGUAAGAAAGACAAAAUUAAUGAAAGUGAGCAUAACCUACAAAAAUUCACGAUCGGUUGGCCUCAAAUUUUAGACCAUGUUUCGAUAAUUUCGAAAUGCACUUCGCUACAUUCGUUAUUAAUAUUGCUGUAAGUGUCAUUGGAGGUGGCCUCAUUCAAGGAAUUAAAGUGUUUUCGAAACCGCACUUACUUUCAAUCGGAAAUUCACACAGCAAGAAUGGCGACUCAACGAGUAAAAAGAGCAGCUUCGAUUCUUAUCAGCAAGUUCCAGAGAAUCUAUCCGAUCAUAAUUACGUUAUACUAACGGUCCCGCCAGCAACGGAGGACACAUUUGAAGACUUAGAGCCGCUGAAUGUUUCCUUCAUCUUGCAGCCCGUGACAGGGUUGACAGUUCAUCAAUUCCAAGAGGUCCUCAGUGAUUGCUUGCUCUCUAUUCGAACUUUGGGUGAUGACCCGACGGACCCAGAGUAUUUCGAUACAUACAUCCACGGCGUGUUAUUCAACCUUUUCAAGAUGGGUGCUCGCGGGUAUUUCAUGCUGAGCCGCGUGGAGGUCGGAGAUUCUGGCCGACGUUGCGAUUUCGUGUUCCUGAGUAAACCGCAGAUUGGGAAUCAUUCUUUCAUAGUGAAGGUGUCGCCGACUGAGAAACCAGUAAUGCUCCGUUCGGCCGCCGAAAGCGCUCUCAUGAUGAUGGAGAGGCAGGAAUGGGCCAGGGAGUUAAUGAAAAGUUACCCGAGGAUAGAUUUCGUGUUCCGAGUCUCCAUCGCCGUCGCGCUUGACAACUUUUACGUGGACUAUUCGAAUGAAACGAUUUUCCGACCUCAAGCCGCAUAAAGCAUUAAAAAAAAAGAACUUCAUGACGAAGGGAAAUUUGUAGACAAAUAUUCAAAAAAUGUCCUGCAAAUUAGUGAUUUGCCAGGAAAAAUUUGGCAACGUCUGAGGGCUCAUACGGCGUUUUUCCUUAGCACGGCAGAAUAGAUAACGAGUUUUUACCUUUAAAAUUUUUCGUAGCAGAGCGUGGUUUCGAUCCACGGACCUCUGGGUUAUGGGCCCAGCACGCUUCCACUGCGCCACUCUGCUCUCUGAUGCUGCCAUGCUAAGGAAAAAGCCAUAUCACCCAUCAGACGUUGCCAAAUCUCCUUCAACAAAGUAUAACGCGGAAAAUUUGUAAACAUUUUUCUUCUGAUUCUCUCGAAAAUUUUGUUCGUAAUUUGAUCCGAAAUGUCUGAAAAUUCAAUGAUAAAUAUUCAUAUAGUGUUUUUUAAUGAUGAAGAUUCGUGUUGUGUUUUUCAAAAAUAAAUAUUUUCUAAGUGGGAA